AUGACCUCACUUCUCCGCCGCGUCCGGAGCAUCACCACCGGGCGACACCGCUUUCAACCCUGCCCAAUCUGCGGCUGGAAUGGCGACAUUGACUACAUACUGCAGAAGCCACCAGAUCUACCGGGCCAUGUGGGCAGCCCAAGCGGCGCCCAGGGCUGGUCACCUCCAGGAGUCACAGGCUGCGUAUCGUGUGAAGUCCGCUCCAAGCUGGCCACGUUUGCCGUUCGCGGUGACUUGGUAGGGCUUGUCAAGGUGCUGAAUCCGCUCCCUGGAAAGUUUGAGGUGCACGUGCCUGGGGAAGAGGUCCUGGAGUUCUCGUUAUUCGCGCCGGGACACAACGAGAACGAGCUGAGGAGACCGCUGCUAGAGGGUGACACCAGUUCAAACGCGACGCUGGCGUUUGUCAGGAGGGAGCUUGAAACAUGCUUGGAAGGCCACGAGAAAUGUCAUCGCCCUAACCCAUCCUUCAGGCCCAGCAGACUUGUAUAUGUCGGCUCUUCCGAGUCUAAUUGCGAUAUUGCCCUCCGUACCAGAUCUGGAAUACCAGCCGGCGCUCGGUACGCUGCUCUGAGCUACUGCUGGGGGAACGUUGUCCCAGUUUGCCGUACCACGCGGGACAGUCAUGGCCAGAACAGGGUGUCGAUCGGUGUCAGCACAAUACCAAAGACGUUUAUCGACGCGUUCCAGGUCGUCAGACGACUCGGCUUGGAAUACAUCUGGAUCGAUGCCCUCUGCAUCAUGCAGGACGACCCUGUAGAUUGGGCAACGGAGGCAGGGAGCAUGUACGAUAUCUAUCACAACGCCCACGUGGUUAUCGCUUCACUGCACGGCAAGGAUGCGAACAGCGGCCUCUUCUGCAAAACCGAGCCAACUGAUAAAUCGCUCCAGUUUCACCUCACCGAGUUCCGACAUGGCCUGCGCAGGUAUGACCUCUUUGCCCGCAGGCUCGCGCGCUCCCUCGACCACGAUGUCCAUCAAGACGCAGACCGCACCGCACCGAUCUCCGGCCCGGAACCACUACUAGGUCGCGCGUGGGGUCUUGCAGAAAGACUGGUGUCAGCCAGGACGAUAUACUUUGGCAAGCACGAGGUGAUAUGGGAAUGUUGCUCGACCGCCGCCUGUCAGUGUCAAGGUACCGUCAAUGGUCUCUGUGCUAGGAGGACACAGAAACAGGUUUUUUACUCCGACAUUGACAGGAAUUCGCCCUCUGCUCGUUUCAUCUGGCAUCGGGUCGUCUCUCAGUAUAUGGCCCGCGACAUCGGCCGGCACAUGGACAGACUCAUUGGCCUGGGUGCAGUGGCGCAAUGCGUCGCCAAGUCGAAGCCGGGGCAAUCGUACUGGGCUGGUUUGUGGUCAGACUCCUUCAUCGAAGACCUCAUGUGGCGACAUAUAAGUCAAAAGAAGAUCCGUGACGUGGGCGAUCACCCCGAACCACUCAGAACGCUCAGGGGCUGGCCUAAAAGGCCGGCACCGGACUGGUCGUGGGCAUCAAUCGAAGGGCGCGUGGAGUGGGCGGAUUUAUGGACCGAGACGGCCAAGCAUACUCUCGCGGACGUGGUUCAGGUGCAAGUAGAUAAUAUCCCGGCCAAUAACCCGUUCGGUAUGGUCGGUUCAGGAUCCUUGAGGCUCAGGGCACACUUGCUGCCUUGCACCGUCGGGCCCAUGGUUCGGAUGCGAGAGACAAGGGUAGCAGUGCAUAUCGGAGUGGGCGGCAGGAACAUCGACGGCGAGGUGUGUAUAGACCCGAGACCAAGGGAGUGGGACCGUGUCGUAGAACAUGGCCAUGGAGACGCGGUGAUGCUUCAGCGAGUGUUUCUUGUGCCCCUUGGGACGUUGGUGCCGCCAGAAGAACAAGGUCGACGACUUCUCACAGCACUCCUUGUCCGACGGGAGAAAGAGGAUGGUCGAGACUCGGGUGUGUACAAGAGGAUUGGCUUCGUAGGACUUUUAAAAGCGACUUUUCUGCGGAGGCACACAAACGACGCAAUGGAAAAGAACUCAGCGAACAACAUCAAAUACCUACCUACCGUUGAGGCUUAUAACCAAUGGGCCAAGAUCUACGACACAGACGGAAAUUUUCUGCAAGCCAUCGACGAUAUUGAAAUGAAACGACUGUUUCCUGCAUUCGUCUCCUCAAUAAACAAGUCCAAGCCUUGGCGACUCGUUGACCUGGGAUGCGGCACUGGUCGCAACACCGCCCUCUUACUUGGCCUUGAGGACGUUCAGGUCGUAGCACUCGACGCCAGCCCCGGCAUGCUCGAAAUUGCCAAAGUCCGUCUUGAGAAACUCCACAGGGGUGACGCUACAGACCAAAAUUUGCUGGAGACUCUCACCCUCAAGGUGUUCGACCUCAUCAACUCGUCUACGAUCCCCGAAGAGGCCAAGAAUGCAGACGGGAUCAUCAGCACGCUGGUGGUCGAGCACAUACCAUUGCCGAAUUUCUUCCGCCAGGUCUCACAGAUGCUCAAGCCCGGCGGCGUGCUGCUCCUCACCAAUAUGCAUUCCGACAUGGGCGCCAUCAGCCAAGCGGGGUUCGUAGACGAGACAACUGGGGAAAAAGUCCGGCCAACGAGCUAUGCGCACACGAUGGAGAGCGUCAUGGAGGAGGCGGCUAAAUGGGGCCUUAAACCGACCGGAGAACCUCAAUGCUUGCGGGAGCGAAUGGUCACACAGGAAAUGGUCGAGUAUCUAGGCCCGCGCAGUCAGAAAUGGGUUGGGAUUAAAUGCUGGUUUGGGGGGGGUUUUUACCAGAGUCCCGACCUGAAUUAG